AUAGUAAUAUAAUGAUAUUAAACUGUAGCCAUGGAAAAAUAAUCAAAAUGGAACAAAAAUUCAACAGUAUUUGCUCAAGUGUAAAUUCCAGGGUAAUUACAAAGUAAAUGACAAUUUAAAAAACUAUAGAUACAUGGUAACAGUAGCUAUUAAUUAGCAAGUUACCUGGUUAGCUCAUUGGAGAGACAGAUAGAUAGAUACACAGUCUUCCAUUUCCAAGCAUGUUUUAAAGUAAACAUUUAGAGGUGGUGACAAUGCACACACGUGGUCCUCACAAACAAGAGGAUGUUGUUUUCCUCAAUGUCCUGCCUGUACUUGGUGGUGAAGGGUUUAAAAGAAAAAUGACCCAUUGUUUCCUUGUUUUUCUGACCCGUAGCAGUUUUACACUCCUACUCUGGAUGUUCCAUCACGAGGAAGAGGAAAAGCUGCUUUUUUAUAUCUGAUAUGUAGGUACUGCCUUUCAUUUUGUUGUUGCGGGUAUUGCAACGUUUCCACAGUAUGUAAAUUCACUUGUUGGCAUUUAAAUGAAUAAUGAAUAUAGCUUAAAGUAAGUGGAAAGAAAAGUGAGCAUAGGUGUAAAUAUAUAAAUGACUUUUUGUUAUUCUUAUCUUUCUUUCAUCUCUAAUCUGUCAGUUCUCUGCCAAGAGUUGCACUUUAUUUACUCUGCUUAUCUCAAAGAAGGUGCAUUUAAAACACACACACACACACACACAGGCUGAUGGAAAAACAACCAGGACAAUUAUAUUCAUUUGAAUUCUGUAAUAUUGUUUUAAUGUUUGUAUAGUCAUGAAGUUGAGACACCAGACUCCUGUGAUGAUUUCCAGAAAAUGUGAAGACGGGGUGUUUAUCUAGGGUGGUCUUAUUUAUUUAUCCAGUGACAUCAUCAUCAUGGAGUCAUUGACCUCAGUGAGUGAAUCUCUCAAAGGUUUUUUAAAGUUCAGACAGAAGUCUGAACUUUAAAAACACAGGCUUGCCAUCUAGUGGCAGCAGAUUUAUUUUAUAUUGUUUGUGUGAGGAAUAGUUUUAUGUUGUUUUUUUUCCUACUCCGAAACAGUUGGGACAGCAGUGAGGUAAAGCUACAAAGGGGAUUAAGUUAUCAUCCAAUAUUGUAACGUGUAUGGGAUAAGGAUUUACAUUAAACAUCCACGAUGCACCAAAAGUGCAGUCUGUUUAGAUGAAUCAUAUUUCCUGAAACACAACAACAGGGCGGGUUCACAUUUGUUUGUGAUCUGUCUACCUCUGAAAAUUCCAGGCACAUAAUCCCAAGAAGAGUCAGUGACUAUGAGGUUACCCACAGUUCUUUAAACUGCUGCAGGUAUCAACCUGUAAAUGACUUUAAGAAUGCAAUGUAUGUGUAUUAAUGAAGAAACUUGUAUUUUUGUGUUAUUUCUGUGUAAUCAGAAAUGUGUACGAAGCUGUUAAAACAUUUUAAAAGCUUUUUAAAUGUUUAAUGUGGCAUAUUCCAUGAUUUAAGGGAAUGUUGGAUAGUAAAAAGUGAAUAUAUUUAACAACUGGUGAGUUUCUGAACUGACCACUUGUCCAUUAAGCACACUAUCUGUGUUCAGACUUGUCAAGCCAUAUAUGUUAACUAUAUAGUCCAUUCUAUACUUUGUGGUUCUAAUGUGACCUGUUGUUAGAUAAUUGUACUGCAGAGAUAUGGUAUAUUGCUGCUGUUAGGGGUCCUGCAGCCUUGCUACCAGUGGCUGGACUUCACUGAGUUGGAAAAAAAAGGAAUCAGCACUGAGCCGUCUGGAAGGAGUGUGGUAGAGAUUAGCUGUGUUUCGCACAUCUCUGCUAGAGUCUGAAUGACCCUGACAGUGUCUGCUGGUCCUUGGGGCUUCCCUUAAAUCAGCCCAUGACAUAUUCAGUGAAUACAAGCCAAGCAUUUUCUGUUUUGUUUUUUUAUUUAUUUGGAUGGGCAGAUAUUGUAGCAAAUCACACAAUGAAGAUAUUACAUAAGUAAAAAGAAAUAUUGACUUGUGUGUUAGGUCAGUCUGUCUCCCUCCCUAAUCAGUGUUACCAGUGAUUACCUGUUCAUUAGACGUGUCUCCCAGUGCUUGGGUAUGUACAGUAUAUGCCUCUCUCCCUCACUCAGUCCUGGUUGGGUCAUCGAGUCAUGCUAUUGAGAUUUCAUGGUAUGUGUUGUUUGUGUCUGUGCCUUAAUACUAAUGUAAAAAGGAUAGUUCAUAUUUAUGGAAAAGGAGACUGCAGACUGAUGUAACAUUAAAUGUUAAUUCAAAGCUGUACAAUAAUAAUCUAGAUGAUUCCUAUGGGAGAAAUGCAACGUUGUUGUUAUCUGCCUCAAGGCCUUUCAUCUCAGUCACUUCAGCUGAAUCCAGCCUCAGUCAAACUGGCACGGGACACACUGGGCCAGGAGGCAGGGAGGCUCAGCUGAGGCACACUGGUGAAAAUGAAACAAAUAAGAAAAGACUGCCACCACUGUGAGGGCUGACUGCAGGACGGCCCCUCGGAGGCUGGAAAGAGAUUUUAAUGAUAGUGGUGGGUGGUUUUUUUUUUCUUUGUGUUGUUUAUUUUCUCCAAGGCUGGUGGGGUGUGGGUGAAUGUGGGGUCCAACAUCUAAGUCACAUGUUGGAUCCUGGUCUCUUACAUAAACUCUGCCCCCUCUCUGAGCCCACAGUCUGCUUGCAUCAACUUUAUGAAGCAAGUUCAUGUGGACAGAACUACUGAGUUGACAUUGGUGGUGACCGAGGAGAGGAGUCAAGAUUUUCACUCCUUCCUGUUGCAUAAUUGCAGCAGAUAGCUCCACAAACCCAUACACAUACAGUACAUUCAAUAAUGGCUGUGAUUUAUAUUGUUUAAAUUACUCUCGUUUUAUUUUUUUUAUUUUUUUUCAAAAUUAUAAACUUAGCAGUCAGGAUGCUAGUGUUGCUUUAAACUGCACUUGACCAGAACAUUAAGCUAGACAAACCAAGGCCCAACAUUUUUUAAAAUCCUGAUUUUGACUCAUGAUGUUACAAUCAAGGCCAGAGUAAACCAAAACAAAGAGUCCUGUGGAGAGGAAGUGAGAACACUUCAGUUCAGAGUUAAUAUUUUACAGAUAGAUGACGUAAAAUCUCCCAUUAGGUUCUGUUUGAAACUGUUAACCUGUCUUCUUGGUGAUCAUCAUUCCAGUAACUGAGCACCGUCUCUGGUGUGAUGGAUGGUGGACCUGCUCACGCUGCUCUAUAUCUUCACCUAAUGGACGUACACAGGCCAUAAUUAAAGGUUGUUGAAGGCCCUCUGAACACAGUAUUAUAAUAACAGGGUUACUGUGACACUAACCAGACACUUUUCAUUAACACAAGCCAGACACUUAAAAGUUGAGCUUAGAUCACUUCCUAGCCUUACCGGGGGGCCUGGCUCACACACCUAAGUGAUGGAGAAAUUCCUUUCUGAUGUAAAUUUUGCGUGAUCACCUCCUCAUCUCUGUACUCUGUCAUGCAUGAAUAAAACAAUCUGGUCAGGAGAGGGAGAAUGAGACGCAGAUGUGGCAAAAAGGAAGACCUGUGUCGACAUGAACUCUCGUCAUGUGAAUCACUCUUAAUUUACCUAAAGAAACCUGUGCUGCAGAGCUUUGUACUGUAGGCUGGUGGAUGAGAGCUUGAAGAAGAAAAAGGGAGAAAGUCAUCUCGCAGUGAGGAAGAGUGUGACCUGUCCGCUGAUCUUAUCUGGCCAUCUGCCUGGAUUGAAGAUCUAAAUAUUAUGACACUUGAUGUAACCGAACAUACCUGCUGGUUACAUUCUAGCGGAUCUGCACUCAGGCAAGGUGGUUUAUGUCUCCAGGACAUUUCUGUCCUCAAACUCCCUGUCUUUAUCACGGCCCCAUGCUUUCUUUUACAGCUGUCACCCGCCGAGCCGUGUUAUGUAAAAAUCCCCAUGAACGCUGUUGUGUGUUUGGACGUUUGUCUUGUUUGUACGCUGCAUAAACCUGAGAAAGACUUGGAUGAAGUUUUUUCUUCAGGUUUGAGUAACAGUUAUACUCCAAAUGUGGCUUAACAUUCAGGUUGACUUACUUCCUUCAAACGAAUGUUGGCAAAUGGGAAACAGACGGGCAUUGUUGAUUGUUUGUAUUCUGUGAGAGCGUUCUCCAGAUGAUAGUGCUGCUAAUUUGUGUGUUCUAUGUUUGAUGUGUGUGGGAAUUUUACAGAUGUAAUGUAGCAUGUCCGACUGAGCCUCUGCUGCUAAAUAGGGGGUUGAGAAAAAGAGAGAGAAACAGAAGAAAGAGAGAGGGGGAGAAAGAGAGAGAGAGAGAGAGAGAGAGAGAGAGAGAGAGACCCUUAGCAGCUGUGGUACAAUGUUACAUUGAAGUAUUGAGGGAGGCAGUGGUUACCACACCAGGGCAAUCAUUUCAGUUUAUAGUGUCAUAUCCUCAAGUCUAAACUUCUGGAUUAAGGUCACUUGCCAAAAGAUCUUUUUUUGUUCUGCCUCUGUUUUUUAUACUUCCUUCUUGGGCAAAAGGCUGGUGUAAUAGAAACCAGACACAGGCCAGAAUGUGAGGCAUUCACAGCAGCAGGACCUCACAUCUUCACAGACUGACAAAAGUAGAUCAAAAGAAAGUCUGCUUUCAUAAGUUUUAACUUCUUCUCUUUUUUGCCACCCUGCAAAAUAUCGAUGAGUUGGCUGAAGCCAGGACACUGGGAUGGAUGAGGAAAUCCAUGGAUCCAGAUUUUGAGGCAAUUUCCACAAAACACAGAAGAGGUCUUCAGGAUGGAAAAUGUUUCGACUCUUUGACCAGACUGUAGUUGAAAAACCUGAGAAACCAACAUGAGCUGGAGCUUUCUCACUCGUCUUCUGGAAGAGAUACACAACCACUCAACCUUUGUGGGGAAAGUAUGGCUGACUGUGCUCAUCAUCUUCCGCAUCGUGCUCACAGCCGUGGGAGGCGAGUCCAUUUAUUCGGACGAGCAGACCAAGUUUACCUGCAACACCAAACAGCCGGGUUGUGACAACGUAUGCUACGACGCCUUUGCUCCCCUCUCGCACGUUCGAUUCUGGGUCUUUCAGAUCAUCAUGAUCUCCACUCCUUCCAUCAUGUACAUGGGUUAUGCAAUCCACAAGAUAGCCCGCACCUCAGAGGAGGAGCGCAGGAAGCACCAACGGCUGCGCAGAAGAGCUGUGCUUCAUUCAAGAUGGAGAGACAGCCAUCAUUUGGAGGACGUCUUGGCACAUGAGCACGGCGACGAUGAUGCUGAGCCCAUGAUCUAUGAAGACCCACUGGAGGUCCAGGAGACCAGGCCUGAGCAGUUAAGCAACACCAGCAAAAAUCCAUCAAAACAUGAUGGACGGAGAAGAAUUAUGCAGGAAGGACUGAUGAGGAUGUAUGUUCUUCAGCUCAUGUCGCGAGCAAUUUUUGAAGUAGCCUUCCUUGUAGGACAGUAUCUGCUCUACGGUUUCCGAGUCGAUCCUUUAUAUGUAUGCAACAGGAUUCCCUGUCCACACAGUGUGGACUGUUUCAUUUCUAGGCCAACAGAAAAAACAAUUUUCCUCCUCAUCAUGUAUGUGGUCAGUUGCCUUUGUCUCAUUCUAAAUCUGUGCGAAAUGCUCCAUUUGGGAAUUGGUGCUUUUCGAGAUACACUCCGCCUAAAGAGAAACCGUGGCCAAGGAAUAUUCUACGGCUACCCCUUCUCUCGCCAUGUGCCAGCCUCUCCUCCAGGGUACGCCCUCGUGAUGAAAACAGACAAACAUAAACGAAUUGCAAACAGCCCCAAUGAGCAGAACAUGGAUACAGUUUGCCAGGAGCUACAGUGUGCCAGCCCAGUGGAGAACAUCCCGUCCGAUCUGGCCAGUCUACAUCGUCACCUGCGGGUCGCACAGGAGCAGCUUGACAUGGCCUUUCAAACAUACCAGACUAAAAGCAACAAGCAAAUCUCCAGGACCAGUAGCCCUGUAUCUGGAGGCACAAUGGCAGAGCAAAAUAGAGUCAACGCUGUUCAUGAAAAGCAAGGAGCUCGGCCAAAGUCCGCCACAGAGAAGACCGUGAGCACAGUAAAAAAUGGAAAGACCUCAGUCUGGAUCUAGGCACUUUUUUUUUAAUUUAACUGUAAAAAUAUGAAGACUCUAAGACUGUACAGUAACCCAAGAAGGUGUGACUGAGAUAAUGUGUCUUUAGGCCAAAAGAACUUCAGUCACUGUAGUUGCACUGCACAUAAUAGAUGUAGUAAAGAUGUAUGUGAGGCAAAUAUCUAAACACUUUGGUUUGUUUCUUUUUUCUUUUGUACUUUUGUAGUUUGCCAUAGUUUUCAGACACAAUUUCCAUUUUGCUCACAUAGUUACUGUCUCUAAAUCCAGCUGUGACAUCCCAUAUGAACAGUACCCUAAUGGGUGUUUUAUCCAUUCUACUG